CAUUUAAAGACAGCAUGGCGCAGCUGGACCAGGACAUCUUAUCUUGUUCGAUCUGUCUGGAUCUCCUGAAGGAUCCGGUGACGAUCCUCUGUGGGCACAGCUACUGCAUGAAAUGCAUUCAAGACGCCUGGGUGGAGGAUGGGAAGAAAAGCUUCAGCUGCCCUCAGUGCAGGCAGACCUUCACUCCCAGGCCGGUCCUGGUGAAAAACACCAUUCUGGCAGCUUUGGUGGAAGAGCUGAAGAAGACUGGCCUCCAGGAGGACCCCUGCUAUGCCGGAUCUCAGGAUGUGGCCUGCGACUUCUGCUCCGGGAGGAAAAUGAAAGCAUUGAAGUCCUGCCUGACGUGCUUGGUCUCUUUCUGUGACCUGCACGUUCGGCCUCACUACCAAGUGGCUCAGUUACAGAAACACAAGCUGGUGGAUCCGUCCGAGAAGCUCCAGGAGAGCGUGUGCUCUCAUCACGAUGAGCCCAUGAAGAUGUUCUGCCGCACGGACGGGCAGUGUAUCUGCUACCUCUGCUCCGUGGACGAGCACAAAGGCCACGACACAGUGUCGGUGGCAACAGAGAGGACGGACAUGCAGAAGGAGGUCGGCGUUAGUCGGCAGAAAAUCCAGCAGCGAAUUCACGAGAGUAAGAACGUUCUGAAGGUUCUCCAGCAGGAGAUGGAGGCCAUCAAUCACUCUGCCAAAAAAACGACAGAGGACACGGAGAAGAUCUUCAAGCAGCUGAUCGAUUUCAUCCACCAGAGGAGCUCGGAUGUGAAGCGGCAGGUCAGAUCCCAGCAGCAGACGGAACUGAGUCGAGUCCAGGAGCUCCAGGAGAAGCUGGAGCGGGAGAUCGCCGAGCUGAAGAGGAAGGACGCCGGACUCGAGCAGAUCUCGCAAACGGACGGCGAUAUCCAGUUUGUGCGGAGCUACCAUUCGCUCUCGAGCGUCACCGAGUGUGUGGAAUUACCGAGCAUAAAAACUCGCCCUCUGCAAUACUUCGAGGACGUGACCACAGCUGUGUCGGAGAUCCGAGAUAAGCUCAAGGAUGUUCUGACUGAGAAGUGCUCAAAGAUCACACGGACAGUGACUGAGGUGGACGCUCUCCUGUCCCAGCAAAUGAGGACCAGAGAGGAGUUCUUACAGUACGCAUGCGACGUCCGAAUGAAUCCAAACACGGCUCGUCCAGGACUGCUCAUCUCUGACGGGGGACGUAAACUCACCACCAACGAGGCUUUUCAAGAGCUAUUUUUUAAUUCCUCUUCAAGGUUUAUUCACACUUUUCAGGUCCUGAGUUGGAGAGCUCUGACCGGGCGCUGCUACUUUGAGGUGCAGUGGGACGCAAUAGUGUCAAUCGCUGUUUCAUACAAAGACAUCAAGAGACGAGGCGCCUACAACGAGUGUGUGUUCGGACACAACGACAAGUCCUGGGCUUUAUAUUGGCUGGGGAAAUACGAAUUCCGGCACAACGACGUCAGCGUUCCAAUUCCGGGCAAGUCGUCCUUCAAAGUCGGCGUGUUCCUGGAUCACAGGGCGGGAGUCGUGGCCUUCUAUGACGUGAGCGACACCAUGAGGCUCCUCCACAGGGCGCAGACCACCUUCACUCAGCCGCUGCACGUUGGAAUCGGACUUCAUUUCUCCGGGGGAGACAACGCAGAGAUAUGCGAGCUGGUCGGGCCGGAGUGAGCAUGCCAUGGCAGCACAACAAGAUCUCCCCGUAAAACCCAGCACCUCGACACGGAAACUGAGCUGCUGGGUUUUAUAAAUGGACUCAUCAAAAACCUACAAAGAGAAACACACAACUUUUAUUUUUGUAUUCAGCGAAGAACUGAUUUGUCUCGUAAAGUUACUUUUAUCUCAUGUGAUUCCUUUUCUCUGAUUCUUUCCCCUCACCCCAACCGCCACCUCUGAGCCUGCCUCGGCAAAGGGUUCUUCCGUUUAAAAGGGAGUUUUUCCUUUCCAGAGUCGCCUUUGCUUGCUCAUGUGGAGCCGUUGGCUUUUCUCUGUAAAGGUGCUAGUAAUGACUGUGUUUGGUACUACGUACAUAAAUAAAUGAAUUGAAUUGAUCCUGUACAGCCCGAUGCUGAACCUUCUCAGUGCACCAUAAAGUCGGCGUGAUUUUAAGAUGAUACUGCCAAAAAAAUGGGAAUUUUCUUUUUUGUUAAAAACCCAUUGAAUGUUUUGCAAGUAAUUUAUUGCAAUUAAUUGAGGAUGACAUUUUGAAGUUGUCUGCAUAUUUAUUUAAUUUCACCAACCAACAGCCAAGAAUGUGAAGCCUUCCAAUAAUAUAAUGAUUUUUAAUUAACAUUGUAACUAAGAAACUAUGAGAGAAAAAAAAUACAGCUAUGAUUGAGAAAGCGCUGUCUCUUUUCCUUUUUUUUUUUAUAAAGAGCUGCUGUGAGCCCAUGCCACCACCAGAGGGAGCCACAGACUUGAGUAAAAUCCCAGUGGGAAGCUGUGACCAUUGCAUUCACUUUCAUCAUGCCAACUUGAGUUGAGCCUUUCAUGCCUGCAGCCACUCUGGAGAAAAGACAGAACUGUGUCAAAUAAAGUAC